CAGGCACUGCAAAGCCUCUAUCGCUGCUUCAGUAUUGCUCAAAACUAGAAGAGAAUUUGUAUACGUUUCUCGACAAGGUGACUGAUUAGUUUGCGUGCUCAAGCUGCAAUGACAUCCAAAGAGCUUUUAUAUGCCUUUUCUAUGCAGUGUUUUUCUUUUAUUAUUAGGGUCAGACGCCACGAAUGGCUCAGCAUUUCUGUCUAUGCGUGUGUUGAGAGCAUAGCUCUCUGGGCUCCUUCUUUGUCUGACAGUCGCAGAAGUCGUUGAGAACGGCGGCCGAGAAGGACCUUCCCGCCGGAAGAGAAUAAACGGCGAUAUGUUUAAAACGUUCUCCCUGUUUGUCUCGUUCCUCAGAGAGUGCGUUUCCGGGCGCUCCUGUAGAUUUCAGACUUUGUUUCGGAGGGCCGACGCGCCUCGGCCACAAACUGGCUGAAUCACGAAUGAAGUGUGCAAUCGCAGGCCUACGGUCUACAAGCACGCUGGCUGACCGUCACUGUUCCACGCAAAAGGCCUUAUUUCCUCCAGUGGGAACUCAUGGAUAGUCGCACCGCAAUAUAAUCCAAAUAAAAUAAAGAUGGGCGUUCCAACAGUCCUUGUUUGGGGAAACUAGCAUUGCCCAACGCCCAGUUCAAUUGACUGCUUUCUGUAUUCAUUACAUUAAUUUUGCAUGACCAAAGAUGUAUGCAUUUCACAUUUCACAUUUGCUCAGUGUGUCACAGCUAAUUGCACUUUAUCAAACCUAGUUGAAGGACUGUCAUCACUCAAAAUCAGUUCUUGCAGUUGAUAAGUAAUGUUCCUUGUGUGCUGUUUUUUUUUUUUUUUGGGGCCGAAGCCCGUUUUUACAUACCAAAAAACCAAUCCUUUAUUCCAGAUCCAAAAAUCCAAUCCUUAAUCCAGUACCAUGAGCCAAUGCAAACCCAAUCGAGCCGAACUAGCCGAACCGAACCUAUAGCCACUUCUGGCAACCGGUCCUAAACACCCGAAGGGGCGCUCUCUCAGCCCCAAGCCGGAUCAGUGGUAUCUGUUCAAGUGCUGCUCCAGGCCUGGGCUGAAAAUCUUUACGGGCGGUCGCGGACAACACCGAAGCGCACAGGUUUCAUACAUGAUCACCGACCCGGCGCCGAUCGCAGCCAGAAGGCCGAGGAGCGACGCGUGCUCUCUCUGAGGGCCUCACGUAUCUACCGCUGUGUGUGCAUCACUGGUAUUGUACGCAUGCAUAAAGUUUAUCUCCAAGGCGGUAUUCUAUAUUUAAUCCUUUAUCUAUCUGGUACGGGGCUUAAAUAAUCUCGUCAAUGUAAACACAAAACAGUACACAAAUAUACAGAGGUCCCAGGUGAUCUGUCAAAAAGGGUCUGUAAUGUCAAACACCUUUUGCAGUACUGCUUUUGUCUUUCAACUCAUUUUGUUACUGAUUUUGUGUUAAAAGUAUACUUUUUGUGUGUUACAAAGGGAGACUUUUUAACACAGACUGUUAGGUGUGUUGCCCUUAAUCAGACAUGGAGGUGUGUUAAAAAAAUGUGUUGGUUUUCACACAUCUGUUUUGUGAGCGUGGUUUCCACUGAGAUUUUAAUCUGAAAUUUCACUGACUGACUGCUGAGUGUCAGUAUGGCAUGCCUAAAAUCUACUUUCUGGUAAGAUACCUGCGGUUACAGAAAAAUACGUAGGCUGGGUUUCUCGUGAAAAAUAAAAAAAAGCAUUUCAUCGUACUGUUAUCACUGCAAGAUCAUUUGAGACUCCGGUUACAAGCAGAGAUUGUCCAAUCACAAAGGCAGAGAUUAACCAAUCACAGGCAGAGGAGGAGAGAUUCACAUUACCCCAGCAGCUGGGCAGUGAAGAGCGGACGGAGAGCUCUCACAUCCAAACUCCUCCUGCUCCGGAAGGAUCUUCGCAGAAAAGUGCGACAGAAACAUUCGCAGUGCAAGAGCGCCUUAUUGCCGGAAAGCAGGAACAGACGGUGUGACAGGAUCCAGCCAGGAUGGCUUUUUCUGUGACAAAGAGUGAGGGUACCACAAUCUUCACUAUUCCCUCUGACACAGAAAGCUCAUGCCCCUUACUGUGCCAGAUCCUGGGGAACUUGUGCUGCAGUCCCACAUGUCUGGUGUCUGGAAGAAAUCGGAAGGUCAUGGUUGGCACCGUGUCGUCAUUAGCAACGGUGCAGAUCAUGGUGGGACUCUUAACCAUCGGUUUUGGAGCAAUCCUCUUGAUCCUGUACAACGGGCCCUAUUUCAUGAACUACAACAACCCCCCCUACUGGCUGGGAGCCGCUUUCAUUAUCUCUGGGAUAUUUACCAUUUUUGGCGAAAGGUUUCCGAGCGCUUGCUUGGUGUUCCUGACCUCGGUUGUUAAUAUGACAAGUGCCAUCUUUGCUGUGGUCGCGAUCGUGUUCUACGCGGUGGUGUUUGACAGGAUGUGCUAUGAACGUGGCGAUUACAACGACUACCGCAACAACGGAUAUUACGGUACCGUGAACUUGACAGACUUGGUACGGAAAGCGAAUGACCCCAACCUGCAGUUGUGCCGGAUGUACGAGCGUACCGUACUGCCCGUAGCGAUGGGCGUGAAUGUGUUGCUGCUGGUCACUGCUGUUCUCCAGCUCUGUGUCAGCAUCAGCGUGGCGGUUUUGGCGAUCAAGGCAGUGGAGAAGAAGGACGAGGAGAAGCAGGUCCCUGAGGUUCAGCAGCCACUCAUGGAGGAGGUGACAGCCAAUCACGUUGCUUAGAGGAAGCCUCGCCUUAACUACUGACACCAAUCAGUGAUCACUUUUGCCUGUGUAUCUAGAUACAGCAAAGCCUCUAUUGCUGCCUCUGUGACAAAUUCAUUAAAGUGCCCCGUGGAGUAUCAAAACGAUUUUACUCAAAACUACAACAGAAUUGACAUGCAUUUCUUCUUUGGAUGUUAGGCCUAUGAUUGGAAAACAUUUUGGAUGCACACUGAAAUAAUCUUCAAUUUGACUUUCUCUGCAGACGUGAAUCUAUGCCAGAGGAGCCACGAGUAGGCUAUUUGAUAUAUAGCACUUGGUAUUUCUCUGUUUUUAUACAUUUACCUUUUUUGGAAGAUAGCUCAUGAAAAAGGCAUAGCACCAAACCAUUUAUCUCUGGCUUUAACGAUUCAAGGACGUUUGCGUAAAGAAGUCUAAUAAUUAAACAUUUUCUGGGGAUUGUUUUGGCAUUUAAGUCUCUGCAGUAAUAUGUAUGUAGUUAUACAACUCGCAACUUUUCAAUAUAUGAAUUGAUCAGUUGUCAGAGCAGAGCUGUAGAAAGCCUGGGGGAAAACCACAUGGGGGUGGGUCUACAUAUCUAUACAUUUUUAACUAAAAAACCUGCCUGUCUGCCUGAAAUUAUGGGCACUUAUAUGGAUGCAUUCAUUUCCGAUAUGUUAUACAAUGUCUUUUUUCUGGGUUCGUGAACAAAUUAAAUCUCUUUUGCCAAAUGGGAAAA